AACCAGAACUGAGGCAGCUCAUCAAGGCACAACCUCCAGAAGCAAAAAUGCUACAGCCAUGUUUAUGUCUCUGCACCACUGAGCUCCAGAUCCAAGGAAUCCAAAUGACCAGGCUGGGAACCUGCCCACUGUACAUCGGGGGCAACUAAUGGGGUGAAAUGAGUCCCCCAAUGAAAUCAGGGUGCUCAAAGAAAAGGUCCCGCGCGGCCCCGGGUGAGGCCCGCCAGCGUGCCUGCCGGCGCCAUGGGAAGGAGCGGGCGCCGCUGCUGCUGCCUCCUGCCUGCGCGCGCACGACUUGAACCCAGCUGCGGGCAGCCCCCGGCCGCGAGUCCCCGAGUGACGCUGGCGGCAUCUGGGAGCUUGGCGCGGGCCCGGGGCCACGUCGAGGAGCCCAUUGUCCAGUGAAACAGCCGAGGACCCGCCGCCCGCGCCGCCGCCAUGGUUAUGUCCCAGGGCACCUACACGUUCCUCACGUGCUUUGCCGGUUUCUGGCUCAUCUGGGGUCUCAUCGUCCUACUCUGCUGCUUCUGCAGCUUCCUGCGCCGCCGCCUCAAACGGCGCCAGGAGGAGCGGCUGCGUGAGCAGAAUCUGCGCGCCCUUGAGCUGGAGCCCCUUGAGCUCGAGGGCAGCCUGGCCGGGAGCCCCCCCGGCCUGGCGCCCCCGCCACCACCUCACCGCGGCCGUCUCGAGGCGCCGGCGCACGCCCACCAGCACGUGCACGUGCACCCGCUGCUGCACCACGGGCCCGCGCAGCCGCACGCGCACCCGCACGCACACCACCACGCGCUUCCGCACCCACCGCCGCCGCACCUAUCAGUACCGCCGCGGCCGUGGAGCUACCCGCGCCAAGCGGAAUCGGACACGUCCAAGCCACCGUGCUACGAAGAGGCGGUGCUGAUGGCCGAGCCGCCGCCGCCCUACAGCGAGGUGCUCACGGACACGCGCGGCCUCUAUCGCAAGAUUGUCACGCCCUUUCUGAGCCGCCGCGACAGCGCGGAGAAACAGGAGCAGCCGCCGCCCAGCUACAAGCCGCUCUUCCUGGACCGGGGCUACACGUCGGCGCUGCACCUGCCCAGUGCCCCGCGGCCCGCGCCGCCCUGCCCUGCGCUCUGCCUGCAGGCGGACCGCAGCCGUCGGGUCUUCCCCAGCUGGACCGACUCGGAGCUCAGCAGCCGAGAGCCACUGGAGCACGGAGCUUGGCGCCUGCCGGUCUCCAUCCCCUUGUUCGGGAGGACUACAGCCGUAUAGAGGGCGCCCGGCGUCCCGGGCCCCACCCGCGGACUCCUGGCCUGAUUGCGGGGCUUUUUAAACGCUUCCCUUGGAC